GUUUUCUUUCUUACAGGAAGAAGAAGACUCGAAAGUGUUUCAUCUGUUGAAUGUGUAACUUUAGUCUGCCACAUCAUUUAGCUCCAGUCCUGGAAAACACCCAAGUGUUAUUUUUGCUGCAGCCGAAGCUGUGCACCUACAGCCAUGACACUUUAACAGUCAGGUGUUAUUUUUUAUGUGCUGCUGGUAACAGAAGACAGGUGAGAUGGCCAUCGCCAGCGUAGCUACAGAGUACGUGUUCAGUGAUUUUCUGCUGAAGGAGCAGAACCAGGCCCGAUACAAGAACAUCCGAACUGAGCUGGCUGCGGACAAGAUUGUGACCUGUGUGGCAGUGGGCUUGCCCCUCCUGCUAAUCUCUCUGGCUUUCGCUCAAGAAGUUUCAGUUGGUGCUCAGAUCAGCUGUUUUGCUCCCACAACCUUCUCCUGGAGGCAGGCUGCAUACGUGGAUUCAUUCUGCUGGGCAGACGUACAUACACACAAUCUACCUUUGUGGCUGCAUAAGUUCUUUCCCUACAUUCUGUUGCUGGUGGCGGUGCUGAUGUACACCCCAGCGCUGUUCUGGAGAUUUUCUGUGGCGCCCCUCCUGCAGUCGGACCUCAGCUUCAUCAUGGAAGAGUUGGACCGGUGUUAUAACCAUGCUGUCACUCUGGCCAAACGCAUGUCCACCUCAAAAACUACCUCAGACAGCGAUCUUACCGAGGGCUGUUUCAGUUACCCGCUGGUGGAGAAGUUUCUGAUGUCCAAGCGGUGCUCACGGGGGCUGCUGUGUUACUACCUGCUGUGUCGCGGCUUGACAUUUGUCACCCUGCUGUGUGCCUGCCUCUACCUCGGCUACUACCUCCGCCUGGCCUCUGUCACAGACGAGUUUGGUUGUGAGCUGCGUGUCGGGCUGCUUGCAAAUGACACUGGCAUCCCGAACAAGGUGCAGUGUAAGCUCAUUGCCGUGGGAGUCUUCUCUUUGCUGAGCUUUGUCAACUUGGCCCUGUUCAUUGCACUGAUUCCCGUGGUAAUCUACGCUAGUCUCCGUCCCCUUUACUGCCAUGGAUACGCCCGCUUCUUGAAGACCUGCGAAUUGCUGCCCACCCUUGGCGUCCUGCCCACAGCCACUGGCCAAUGGAACGAUCUCCCUAUGUAUCUGCUCUUCCUGGAGGAGAACAUCAGCGAACUGAAGUCCUACAAAUACAUCAAGGUGUUGGAGAUGUUGAAGAGACGAGGUGACCGCUCUGGAGAAAACGUUGACAUCUUUAGUCUGCUGCAAACUCUCUGUCCGGUGAAGAUGGACAGUGUGGAUGGGAAAACACCUACCGGUGCUGCAGGGAAACAGGAUCAAGUAACGAAUGCAGAAGACUCUGCCAGUAGCCUCACAGAAGCCAACGCUGAAGCAGCUAAGAACAGCUGCAGCUGUCCGGACUCAGCCACAACUAACGACAGCAAGAUGGUAACUGAGAUGAAAGGUGAGUACAGAGGCAGGACAAGACAGAAUGUUCCCACCUCCACUCUGGACUUUGUGAAGCAGAAAGGGGUCGACGUCAGAGUCUUGCAGACGGAGAAGGCCGUCGCUGAAUACAACAAACUGGCUGGGCAGGGCGCCAAGGUGGGCGGGGUCUUCCACUCCACCUGUUGA